GGAGCUGCACGCGGAGGACAAGAUGACGGUUACGUACCAAGUGGGCGAUCGGGAAUUCGGGGGGAGCGGGAAUCUGGAAAUUGACUUUUGGAUCCAAACCCCAUCCGGCGCCAACCAAAUCCACGAACGAGCCACGUCCAUGGGCGACCACUCCUUCAUUGCACACGCGGACGGCCGGUAUAUGUACUGCUUCAGCAACGAGGCCUGGUCGGCGAACACGAAGGAGGUGUCGUUCAAUGUGCACGGCAUCGUCUACGUGCCGGAGUCGGAGGCACCGCAGGACCCCCUGGAAAAAGAGGUUCGCCAGCUGUCGGAGCUGGUCUCACAAGUCAAGGAUGAGCAGAGCUAUAUCAUUGUGAGGGAACGGGUGCAUCGUAAUACGGCGGAGAGCACGAACUCGAGAGUCAAGUGGUGGAGUACCAUCCAGAUGGCCAUCUUCAUUGGGCAGAGUAUUUUCCAAGUGUGGUGGCUGAAGCGAUUCUUCGAGGUCAAGCGCGUCGUUUGAUUUGGUUCUAUUAAUUUCGUUGAGUCGUCUUUUGUACAAACCAGGAAUCCGCAGAUCGAGCAGAUCAAACGGAAUGAGUCAGCAUUCGGAGGCGCAUCGGGUCUCUGCCGGCGUUGCAGGCUAUCGGUGUAUGUUUAUGAUGCAAUGAGAUGUGCAUCUCGGUUCCCUCGAGUGGAAUGAAGGAAUGUACCUCGAUCCUAAUUUGAGUCGCACUCCAGUGCUCAUAUAUCCGCGACUCCAAGUGAUCCAUCUUCCCCUUAGCUCAUCUCCACAUCCUCGUCCCCUUUCCCCUCCGCCGUCUUCUUGACCCCUUCCACAAACGCCUCCACGG